AUAUUAAGAAGCAUGACUCUUAUGAUGCUCCUAUCAAAUCCAAAGAAGAACUAAUAUUUCAUUUUGGCUUUCGGAAAUUUGUUGCAAGGCCAAUAUUUUCCACUGACAACAUAAAGUCAGACAAGCACAAGAUGGAGAGAUUUCUUCAUGCUGGCCGAUUCUCCAUAGCAUCAGUUUAUGCUCCAAUUUCAUUUCCACCUCUUCCUUUGAUAUCUUGAAGCGUGGGGAAGGAGGCACUGCCCCUACUGUUGCUGCUGUCGGUUCCUUGAGAAGCACUGACGCUGACAGGAUAAUACUGAAGAAGAUUAUAUUAACAGGUUACCCUCAACGGGUGUCAAAAUUGAAAGCAUCAGUGCACUACAUGUUCCAUAACCCAGAGGAUGUAAGAUGGUUCAAGCCUGUGGAAGUGUGGACCAAAUGUGGUCGCCGUGGUCGCAUCAAGGAACCUGUUGGUACACAUGGGGCUAUGAAGUGCACCUUUAAUGGAGUUCUUCAGCAGCAUGAUACUGUUUGCAUGAAUGAGCCUGUACAAACGUGCAUAUCCCAAGUGGCCAGAACAUCGGUUCCCAAUUCUCGAUGCUUGAUCAGAUGGUAACUGAUCUUCCAUCGUUAUUCAUUAUGAAAUACACAAGGUAGCCGUGGUCGUUUGUGGGAAUGACGCUCUGGUUCAGAUUCUCAAUUCUAAUUUCAUGUUUACUAGGAAGUUAGAAGCAAUAGAGUGUGUGGGGAUUUGUUGUAUCUUCCCCCAUUGUAGUUGUUUGUUUUCUUUUUCUCUACCCGUUUCUGCUAUGACAAUUUAUAUUUUUCCCCUAUAGUUGCAAUUGCAAAGCAGGAAUUGGAAAGUAGUAGAGAAGGAAACAGAGGAAAAACAAGCAAUGCCAUUUUGCUAUGCUGGCAUGCUAGCUCAUUAAUUUAUGCUAUGAAAGGGAAUUAUAAUCAAUUAUUUAUUGAAGUUGAAUCUUGUCUUU